ACUCUUUUCUAUAGCAUUUGUAAAAUGACAGCGGCACCGGAGCUGGUAACGGGCACGGCGGCCCCGGAGCCCAGUGGGAAGUUUAAACUGGAGAUCCCUGAUGUGGUGGUGAUUGUGGUGUACUUCGUCUUUGUGCUGGCUGUGGGGAUAUGGUCUUCUAUCAGGGCGAACCGUGGGACGGUUGGAGGAUACUUCUUAGCCGGCAGAUCUAUGACAUGGUGGCCAAUCGGAGCCUCUUUGAUGUCCAGUAACGUGGGCAGUGGCUUGUUCAUUGGAUUAGCCGGGACUGGGGCAGCAGGGGGACUCGCCGUCGGGGGAUUUGAGUGGAAUGCAGCCUGGGUCCUCAUUGCCUUAGGCUGGAUCUUCGUGCCCGUCUACAUUUCUGCUGGAGUGGUCACCAUGCCCGAAUACCUGAGGAAGAGGUUUGGAGGCCAGCGCAUCAGAAUCUACAUGAGUGUGCUGUCCCUCAUUCUCUACAUCUUCACCAAGAUAUCAACAGAUAUUUUUUCUGGAGCUUUAUUUAUUCAGGAGUCGCUGGGAUGGGAUCUGUACGUCUCCACUGUAGUGCUGCUCGUAGUCACAGCACUUUAUACUAUAGCUGGUGGGCUGACGGCGGUGAUCUACACUGAUGCGUUACAGACUGUCAUUAUGGUAGUUGGAGCCUUCGUUCUCAUGUUUAUAGCUUUUGAUAAAGUGGGCUGGUAUGAGGGUCUUCUGGAGCAGUAUCCUAAAUCUGUGCCGGCUAUCACUGUUCCUAACACCACCUGCCACCUGCCUCGACCCGACGCCUUCCACAUUUUCCGGGACCCGGUGACGGGAGACCUGCCCUGGCCGGGGCUGCUCUUCGGACUCACCGUGUUGGCAACAUGGGUGUGGUGCACUGACCAGGUGAUAGUGCAGCGCUCGCUGUCAGCCAAGAACCUGUCUCACGCUAAAGGAGGCUCAGUGCUGGGAGGCUACCUGAAGAUCCUUCCCAUGUUCUUCAUCGUCAUGCCAGGAAUGAUCAGCAGAGCACUGUACCCAGAUGAGGUGGGUUGUGUUGAUCCUAAGGAGUGUUUAAGGAUCUGUAAAGCUGCUGUCGGCUGUUCCAACAUCGCCUACCCUAAACUGGUGGUGGAGCUCAUGCCAGUAGGAAUGCGAGGGCUAAUGAUAGCAGUAAUGAUGGCAGCUCUGAUGUCCUCCCUCACCUCCAUAUUUAACAGCAGCAGCACCCUCUUCACCAUGGAUAUCUGGCAACGUAUAAGACGCCAGGCUUCAGAGAGGGAGCUGAUGGUCGUGGGCAGGGUGUUCAUUUUACUGCUGGUGGUGUUGAGCAUCUUAUGGAUUCCCAUCAUCCAGUCAGCCAACAGUGGGCAGCUGUUCGACUACAUUCAGGCCAUUACCAGCUUCCUGGCUCCUCCCAUCACUGCAGUCUUCAUUAUGGCCAUCUUCUGGAGUCGAAUGAAUGAACAGGGUGCGUUCUGGGGUCUGAUGGUGGGUCUGGUUAUAGGGUUUAUUAGAAUGGUGAUGGAGUUUGCCUACGGCACCCCCUCCUGUGGGGAGGAGGACCUGCGGCCUGCUCUGCUGAAGGACGUGCACUACCUCUACUUUGCCCUCAUACUGCUGGCCCUGACUGGCUUAGUCAUUACUGGAGUGAGCCUCUGCACCGCCCCCAUUCCUGACCAGCAUCUUGUUCGUCUAACUUGGUGGACGAGACACAGCAGGAAGCAGCGUAUAGAUCUGGAGGAUCCAUGGGCGACCACACCUUCAGAACAAAGCUCCUCCCAGGCCAGCAGUGAGUCAGAGCCGGAGCGGGAGAGGCCGGCGUGCUGGAGGCGUGUGGGAAUGUGGCUGUGUGGGCUGACCGAAGCGCCCCGGCCGAAGCUCAGCCCGGAGGAACAGCAGGCUCUGGAGAAGAAGCUGACCAGCAUCGAGGAGCACCACAUCUGGAAGAACGUUUGCAAUAUAAACGCCCUCUUUCUGCUCACCGUUAACGUCUUUCUGUGGGGGUACUUUGCUUGAGAAUAGAAGACAUUGGAAAGACAGUCUUGUGCAAAAAAAAAAGUUUGAGCACCUUUUGGCCAAAUGCCACACAGUGUCUUUUUUAUGAAAAAUGAAAAAUGAGUUGAGAGUCAUGGGGGAGUUAAUCUAACAACCCUCAUUCUUAAAUAAAAAAACAGAGUUAAAAUUCAUCUCCCUACAGCAGGGGUCGGCAAUUAAGUUUGGCUGCGGGCCAGAUCUUUUCUAAGCCAUUACGUGGUGGGCCACAAAAAAAAAAUGUGUUUUGUAAAAUUAAGUGAAAUAGGAUGGAGUGCUACAGACUAGUAGCUCUCCAGCCCAGAGGGUUGUUGAACCCAAUUGCAGAACAGUUGAUCUCAAAGCAGGUAAACCCAAGAAGUAAGGAGAAAAAUUGUAGAACCUGUGUCGUCAGGGUCGUGGUCCGAUACACUACUCCGGCUAGUGAAUUGAGACACGGCCAGGAAAAAAAACGCCCUUAUAAGGAGAUAGGGAGCCCAAGAACAUGCAGAAAAAUUACUCGACAGAGAGACAGGGGAGGAAUAUAAACAAAAGCUCACCAGAGAAGCAUUUUAUUUAUUCAUUUAUUUUUUCAUUAUCGCUCAUUAUAGUUCAAACAACUUUACAGACCAACUUUAUCUGGCCUGCGGGCCUCCUAUAGCUGACCCCUGCCCUACAGUG